UGUUUUGGUAUAUACCAUGUGAAGCACAACCCGGGGGGGCUUUUGCACCAAGCACGCGACAUGGAUGGAAUUAAUAAAUACAACGAAUUUGUGGCGCUGCACAAGCCGCAAUUGGAAUCAUCGGCGGUGCCGCUGCAUCUGUGGCCGGCCCUAUAUCGCAAGCUGACCACGGAUAGCUUUGAUGCUGGGGAGGCAUUGCAACUGAUGCUCAUCGAUUACGACGAAGACGAGUGCUUCGAUGCCAAUGAUGACGACAGUGCCAAGCCGGCCUUUGCUCUGGCAGUGGCACGCGAGGAUGGCAUCAAGGCAAGCGAUCCUCAGGCCAUAUAUUUGAUAGAUCAUGCCUGGACGUUUCGAAUGAAUAGUGCACGCCAACAACUGGAACAAUAUCCACAACUAGCGGAUCGUUUGUCUGCCAUCACUGGCGUCGAUUUGGAGCAUGAGCAGCGUAUUGAGAAGAUAUUACGACGUCUUUGGCGCUAUUGUCAUGCAUAUUCCAUUGCCAGCGAGGGAUUGAGCGAUGAGGAGCGCAUGCCCAUCUGGUAUGUCAUGGAUGAGGUUGGUUCUGCAGUCAAUCACUCAGAUGAGCCCAGUUUCCGUGUGGUGCCACUGCUCUACGUGAACACACACACCACCUACAGCUUGCUGUUUCCCAUUAAGGAUUGUGAGCAGGGCGCUCCAGUGACGCGUGACUUUGCUGAGUAUGUGUCGAAAGAUGCGCCGCAGCGUUCGGCUCUCUUGCUACCCUGGAGCGACAGUGAUUUGAGUGGCGAAAGCUUUUUACAAGUGGAGCCCGGUGCCGAUUACUUUGCCAGUGGACACAUACCCGAAACGUACCCAGAGCAAGUUGACUCGGCAGCUGUGAUCGCCACUUCGAAACGCUGUGAUCCCCUCAAAGUAUAUGCCCAGUAUGAUGUGCUGCGCGAGCAUCUCACAGCGCCCGAAUUUGUGUUGGUUGACAGCGCCGAGGAUGCGGAUGUGCUCUGGCUCACCUGCCACUAUAAGAAUUUCGGCGAGCUUUCGCGUGAAACGCCGCACAAGUUCAUCAAUCAGUUUCCCUUUGAGUAUGUGAUCACCAUCAAGGAUCUGCUGAGCAUUGUGGGACGCCGUGCGGCCAAGGAGCAUCACAAUGCUGAGACGCUGGACACGUAUCCAUCGUGGCUGCCCACCACUUAUAAUCUGAGCACGGAACUUCGCGAAUUUGUCGCCUACUAUCAACAGCGGGCGGCCAAGCAAUUGGACAAUCAUUGGAUUAUCAAACCCUGGAACUUGGCACGUGGCUUGGACACGCACAUCACGAACAACAUCAAGCAGAUUGUCCGUCUGCCCGCAACGGGUCCGAAAAUCGCACAGAAGUACAUCGAUCGUCCGGUGCUCUUCCAACGCGACGAGCUGAACGGUGCCCGGGUCAAGUUCGAUGUACGUUAUGUGAUACUGCUGAAGCGGGUGAAGCCACUGGAGGCGUAUGUACAUCGAAAGUUUUUUCUGCGCUUCGCCAACCGACCCUUUACGCUGGACACGUUCGAUGACUACGAGAAGCACUAUACGGUGAUGAAUUACCAGGAAGAGGCGCAGCUGCAUCAUGUUCAAUGCGAUGACUUUGUGGAUAUGUGGCGCCAGCAGUAUCCAAAACACGAUUGGGCCCAGUUGGAGCAACAGAUCUGCGCCAUGCUGCACGAGGUGCUCGCCUGUGCCAGUCAAGCGCCGCCACCCUGCGGCUUAGCACCAUGUGCUCAGUCCCGUGCCCUCUACGCCGCUGACAUUAUGCUGGGCUGGACGGGCAAGGGAGAUGAGGAGCGUAACAUGCAGCCCCAACUGUUGGAGAUCAACUGGACGCCGGACUGCAAGCGUGCCUGCGACUACUAUCCCGAUUUCUUUAAUGAUAUCUUCAAGCUGCUCUUCCUCGAUGAGCAAAACAACGAGACUUUCCGCCUGCUGACUGCCAAUGGUCAAUAAUCACCAUAAUCAAAAACCCUUCUUCUUUGACUUAUGUUAAUCUAUUGAAGUGCAUUAAUAUAUGGUUUCUUAGCAUAUAAAUGUUACCAAUGUUUUUGUUU